AUGACAGAAACACACGGCUCCUGCGACCCCGCAUUCAACCGAAUUCGCGAUCUCCUCCAAGAACGACUAGCCUCAGGCGAUGAACUCGGUGCAUCCCUGUGCGUAAAUAUCGACGGAAAGAACGUUCUCGACAUUUGGGGUGGGUAUGCAGACGCCGCCAAGACACGUCCCUGGGAAAAGGACACCCUGACGGUAGUCUGGUCGUGCAGCAAGAUUGUCUCAGCACUCGCAGCCCUUACACUAGUAGACCGUGGCCAGCUAGAUGUCGAAGAGCGCGUCUCAACAUACUGGCCCGAGUUCGCCGUCAAUGGCAAAGAAGACGUGAGAGUCUGGCAAAUUCUCAGCCAUUCCUCCGGUCUAGCCUCAUGGGAUAACCCAGUCCCCAUCGAGUUCGUCUACGAUCUCAAGACUUCGACCGAACAGCUUGCACAGCAAGCGCCUUGGUGGACCCCUGGUGAGCACCAUGGGUACCAUAUGAUGACGCAUGGUCAUCUGAUCGGCGAGCUGGUACAACGUAUUAGCGGCAAGGGACUGAAGCAGUUCAUCGAUGAGGAGAUUGCUGGACCGCUAGGUGCGGAUUUCAGACUCGGUGUUCCCGAGGAGGAUUGGGGCCGGACUGCUGAUAUCACUCCGCCUGCGCCCCCGGCUGGUAUUGAAUUCGCGGACCGUGAAAGUAUCGCUUUCAAGGGAUUGACGCAUGUUCCUCCUGUUGCGGAGGCUUCCAUGACUCCUGCGUUCAGAAAGGCUGAGCUUGGUUCGGCGAAUGGGUUUAGCAAUGCGCGUGCUCUGGCGAAGAUCGGUGACAUGGUUUCUUUGAAGGGCACUGUGGAUGGGAGACAGUACCUCCAGCCUAGAACUGUUGACCAGAUGGUUCAGGCGCGCGUGAGCGGCGUUGAUCUGGUCCUCGGUUUGAAUCUUCGGUUUGCUCUCGGUGUUGCCUUGGCGCCGGUGGAGCCAAUUGCUUUUGUCCCCGAGGGCACUGUCUGCUUUUGGAGCGGAUGGGGUGGUUCGAUGGUCAUUAUGGACUUGGAGCGCCGGAUGACUCUUUCUUAUGCCAUGAACAAGAUGUCAGAGGGUACGGUUGGUAAUGAUAACACCGAGGCCUACUUCAAGGCGAUUUAUGAGAUUGUGGAAUCUCAGUCUUCCAAGUGA